UCUUGAAGUCUGGGUCGGAGGGGUGCCUUUUCCUUUCUUUCCCCCCUUCUAACUCUGGGAGAUGGUGGUGUCGGGCCAGCAGCACCCAGGAGGAGGCUGGUUGGCCGGGCCGCUGGAGGGUGAUGCACCACGACAGCUCCACGUUGGAUAGAGUUUCAGCGCCUACUAUAUAUAAAGCGGCCGGGGCCCCUGAUGUCACCGCGCUAAUUAAAUUCCGCCGUCGGGCCGCAUCUCUCCGGGGGCUUGUUCGGGGAGCCCCUCCUCACCCACCUCCCGGAGGCGGCGGCGGCGGCGGCGGCGCAGAGGCGACGGGCCAGCGCAGGAUGAUGGACCUUUUCGAAUCCGGCUCCUAUUUCUUCUACUUGGACGGGGAGAAUGGCGGCCUGCAGCCGCUGGACAUGGCCGAGGGCUCGCCGCUCUACCCGGGCAGCGACGGCACCCUCUCGCCCUCCUCCUGCCCGGACCAGCUGGCCCCGGAGGGCGGCGGCGGCGGCGGCGGGGGGGAGAGCAGCAGCGGCGGGGAGGAGCAGCACCUCCUGGCGCCGCCGGGCCUGCAGGCGCCCCACUGCCCGGGCCAGUGCCUCAUCUGGGCCUGCAAGACCUGCAAGCGGAAAGCGGCGCCCACCGACCGGCGCAAGGCGGCCACGCUGCGGGAGCGGCGGCGCCUGAAGAAGAUCAACGAGGCCUUCGAGGCCCUCAAGAGGCGGACGGUGGCCAACCCCAACCAGCGCCUGCCCAAGGUGGAGAUCCUGCGCAGCGCCAUCAGCUACAUCGAGCGCCUCCAGGACCUCCUCCACCGCCUCGACCAGCAGGAGAAGCGCCAGGAACAGCUCCUCCUCACCCCCGACGCCGCCGCCGACGCCUUCAGCCCCAAGCCGGGACACGUAAGCGCCGCCGCCGCCCCUGCCUCUGCCCCUGCCGCCCGACGCCACCCCGGCCGCCUCCCUCCGCGCCGGAGAAGGGGCCGGCCGGGGCGGGCCAGAGGGGACGCCCCCUCCCCCUCCCUCCACCCCUCCCGACUUCCUGAGCACCUGCGGCGCCGACUGGCCAAGCGGCUCGGAGCAUUCCAGGGCGCGGCCCCUCAGCCCCAAGGAAGUUGGGUGGCCCUGUUUGCAUUUGUGGUAACUCUUUCGGCUUCCAGCAGCCUCCGUUGUCUCUCCUCGAUCGUGGACAGUAUCUCUUCGGAAGACCGCAAAGUGCCCAGCGGGGAGGAGGUGGUGGAGAAGUAGCAGCCCAGGAAUGCUUUGGGAAACCGGCCGCGCCAGGAAGUGGCCCUCCCCUCGCCCUUGAGACUCAAUCGCCACUUAGUUUAAAUCUUCUGGGAGCCCUCGAGGGGAGAGGGGCGCUGCAAGGAGGCCACAUGCAGCUUCUUGAGGAGGGGAAGAAGACUGACCGACCGGCGGGGGAAGUGCACAGACCAGCCCUCCUCCCUUCUCUCCGUCCCCUUCCAUCCAAUGUCAGAGGCAUUCUCUUCUAACCUCCUGU